AUGGAUGCAGAAGAUGACAGGGAGGUCAAACUCCAGCGUGCUUCUGGGGACCUUAUGAAGGAGUUCUCAGAUAAAUUGCCGUCUCUGCUUUGGAAAACUCGAACCGAGCAGGGUGGUGAUACCCGUGUUCCACGAAGAUGGGCGCACGCGGCAAAGACAGAGAAACUCGUAAGCCUUCUAGAACCUUUUCAAGAAUGGCCUCAGUUAUUGGAUCCAUACCUGCAAACGCUUUUGCCAUACCUGGUUGAUGCUUUCUUAGCGUACCUGAUCAAGCAUCGUGAUCAAUAUGCUCUUCAGCCAUCCAGCUCCCAGCAAACUCAGGAACUUUAUCCCUUGCCGAGGGCGGCCUGUAGGCUCCUUUACACGUUCUGUAAGGUUCGUGGGGUGAAAGUUAUUAGCAGGUUUUUGAACAAUGAGCCGAAAUAUCUUGAUCCGUUACUGCGGGCAUUUAUUGAAUGGGAUUCAGUUAGUCAAGAAGAUACUGAGAGUUCACUUGGAAGGUAUUCACAACGGCUUUUGUGGGAAGAGCGCUAUAUAAUGCUCACCUGGCUCUCGCAUCUGCUGCUUGCCCCUUUUGAUCUGACGUCUAUGUCAUCAGAUGAUAUUCCAGUCCCGUACGACAAUCUAAACCGGCUUGGUUCAUUGCCAAGCGGGACAUCAACAUUUGCCAAAUCUCUCCUGUCAGUGUCACUGAACUAUGUCAAUGUCCCUGGAAAAGAGCGUGAGGCUGCUUCUGCACUUCUCGCGCGGCUUGUGCUGCGUCGAGAUAUGCAGACCAUAGGACUUUUGACUACUCUUACUGAGUGGGCGUUCUCUAUCGUUCAACCCACAGACAGGUCAGAGCCUCCUUCCCUCUACACUUGUAUUGGUGUACUGUCUUUUCUAGCCCGCUUGGGGACAUCUGGCCAGGUCGAGGAAUUUGCCCCUUUGAUCGUGCCAGUCUUUGACCAGACUUUACGCGUUGCACAGGGGACGUCAGAGGUGUCUGAAGUAAUAAAGUCUUCUGCGCUGGCAAGGAAAAUUAUCAUUAAAAUCAUCCGCACAGUGACAGUAAUGGCCUUGUCACUCAGCGAAAGGCCAGGUAACCCGCUCUCAGAUGACAUAUAUUCUUCAAUACUGGAAGAGGCAAUCGAUCACUUCCUAGUGGCACUCGCUGAUAAGGAUACACCUGUGCGAUUCGCUGCUAGCAAAGCUCUGAGUGUAAUCACGUUGAAGCUUGACCUGGACAUGGCUAGGGAGGUCAUUGAAGCCGUCACUGGUUCACUGGAGGAGAAUAUUUUAUAUGAAAAGAGUGAUGGUACCAUUGUGACCCCAUUAGAUGCGCGGGUACUCGGGGUGCAUAAAUUGAAACGAAACCUGAGCGCAGUUGACCCUCAGCGAUGGCAGGGCCUGAUAUUAACACUGGGUCAUCUCUUAUUUCGUCGUGCUCCGCCAACAAGGCAACUUCUUGAAGUAAUUCAACCUCUUGUUUCUGGGCUUGAUUUCGAACAAAGGUCAUCAACUGGAAAUUCCGUCGGUACUGGAGUGCGAGAUGCCUCAUGUUUCGGUAUAUGGGCUAUAUCCCGCAAGUAUACAACCCAGGAGCUGUUGGAGUUGAAACCGCAGGCAAUAAAUACCCCUACAAAUCAAAAUGAAACAAGCGUCUUGCAGAUAUUGGCUAUAGAACUGGUGUGUGCUGCCUGCGUGGAUCCAUCGGGGAAUAUCCGGAGAGGCGCUUCUGCUGCCUUACAGGAAUUGGUUGGGCGUCAUCCGAAUACUGUUGCUGAGGGGAUAUCACUUGUGCAAGUUGUGGACUACCACGCUGUGUCUCGACGUUCAAGGGCAAUAAACGAAGUUGCAAAGGCGACUGUCGACCUAAGCCCUCAUUACUGGAGUCCCCUUGUUGAAUCGUUAAUGCACUGGAGAGGAAUUGGGUCACCUGCCGCCGAGUCUAGGAGGCAAGCAGCAAAAGCAAUAGGGGCUCUUAGCACUCAGGACUCCUAUAAGUCCAUGGGACUAGUUCUUCGGAGAUUGGUCGAUAAGCUUAAUAGUCUUCCUCAGAGUAACGUUGAAACAAGACACGGCUGUUUCCUGGCACUUUCUGCUAUAGUUGAAGCGUUCAAUGACCACCGAGAGACUUUCCAGGAUAUGAAGGACUCCUCUGAGGCAAGAGAUGUUGUACACCAAAUUGGGGAGCUUUGGAGCAUAUUCAACUCUGCAGCUGGUCCUACUAAAAAAGACCUAACACUUCAAAUUUCACGACCGGAGUUGACUGCAGAAGCAGCGUCGUGUCUGAUAUUUUCUCUAUCCCGGUCAGUGUCUCAUGGAACGGCCCUGAAAUGUCCACAGCCGUCUACUGAUUUGCUGGACAAAGCGCUUGAAACGCUUUUGCUUUGCGUUUCGAGAGGUGAAGACAUUUCUAUCGAGACAUCCUCUUCUUCACUAUCUAGUUUAUUUCCCCUUCUAACAUUGACAAAACAGCAUGAAACUAUUCAAGACUGGUUGUCACACAUCCACGCGACUUGGAAGUUACCUACCAGCCGCGGCCAGAUUUCAGUGCUCGGUGCCGUUUUCAAGCAACUUGAUCCCGAGAAUAGUCUGAGGCAAUCCAUCGUAGAAGAAUUACUGCGAUGCGCCGACAAGGAAGAGUUGAUCGAAAAACGUGUAGUAGCGGUGAAAAGCUUGAGUGCGGUAUUGCCGCAUAUAGACGUGACGGAUACCAUCGCCGACCAUAUAACUAGGCUUUUGAAUGAUUACACAACUGAUCGGCGGGGUGAUAUUGGAUCCCUGAUUAGGCUGGAGGCGAUUCAGGCGGCAAAGAUAAUCUUUGAGAAGGACUCGAGUCCUGCAUCUUUCACUCCGCGUAUUCAAACGAUUGUCGGAUGUCUAUGUCGGCUUGCAACUGAAAAGUUGGACAAGGUCCGUCUUCAAGCUUGGCUAUGCCUGCAGAGUUUUUGGGAGACAGCCAAGGAUUUCCCGCCAUUACAGAGACGAUACGAACAUUUCAGUCAUGUUUCUUCAACAGACUAUUUCCUUCAGAUUCUUGAGCUGGACGCCAUUGACUGGCUACGUGUACCGCUACUACAGGGUAUUGCAACUUCCGCUGCUGCAGGAACUGAAAGACUUAUUCGUUCUACUCGUUCGGCUUUGGUGCAAAGGAUCAAAAGCCGUGAGGGAGUACAUCAGCAAGCCGCUGUUGUCUCCGUCAUCAAAGAUCUUUUGAUUAUAUUGAAUGAUAACCUGCUAGUUGAUCGUUAUACCGUGCCAGUUAUGGAGCUCCUGGCCUUUUUAGUGGAUGGAUACAUCUCCUCAAUUCCUGAAAAAUCAAAGCCAAGCAGUUUCCAAAAACUAUUCGUUCUUGUGCAAAAAGCGCAUUUCAAAUCCUCAAAUAUUGCAAGAUUAGAAGCUGCAAUUGGAGUCUAUGCCCCCUUAUCACGACUAGAACCUUUACGGCUUGACGUUCUCAAGAAAAUGACGGGGAUGCUUCUACAUCCUUUUCCAAGAGUUCGAAAUAGCAUUGCCGAGGCAUUGUUCAUGGAGACAGGACUAGACGUGGUCAAGCUUGAGGAUUGGACUAGACCGCCCAAAGAGCUGAAAGGUCUAAAGCCCGUCCUGUCGGAAACCAUGGCUACCAUAUCAGCAACUAUUCCUCCCAGUCCUACAGUCUAUGUUCGUAACCUGGAGGAGCGGAUCAAAGUCGACCAGCUGAAGGUUGCGCUCGAGGAGAUCUUCUCGGAAUAUGGAAACAUCAUUGAGAUCGUUGCGAAGACGAAUUUGAAAGCCAAGGGUCAGGCGUUCAUUGUCUUCGACGAUGUCGAAUCUGCCACUCGUGCUAUUGAUGAAAUUAACGGCUUUGAGCUCUUUGAUAAACCGAUGGUUUUGGACUAUGCGAAGACGAGAAGCGACGCUACUGUUUUGCGCGAGGGUGGAAAUGAUGAGCUGGAGAUACAUAAGAGGCGGCGGUUAGCUGAGAAGGAACGUAAACAAGCUCAUGAGGCACUUGAAGCCCAGAAGAAGCUUAAACGUCCACCUGGUGCCCCCGAUACUGCUCGCCCAGCCAAAACAACCAAAGGAGCCGGUCUCAAGCCUACCAGUGGUGCUGCCGCGGCUGUCAUCCCAGACGAAUACCUGCCUCCAAACAAGAUCCUGUUUUUGCGGGACCUGCCCGACUCAGCCGACCAGGACAGCCUUACAGCCGUGUUUGGCCGUUUCGAGGGGUUUCAGGAGGUGCGUCUCGUGCCCGGUCGCAAAGGGAUUGCCUUUGUCGAAUAUGAGAACGAAUCCGGGGCUAUCAGUGCAAAGGAAGCUACCUCGGGUAUGCCUAUGGGGAGCGAGGGCAAGCCUAUCCGGGUUACCUACCAGAGACAAUGA